UGAUGCUGUUGCUGAUGCUGUUGCCCGGCGCCUGUAUCUGUGCAGCCAAACGGGGGUAACCGUAGCCACUGGUCCAGCAUCAGCAGCAGCAGCAGCAGCAGCAGCAGCAGCAGAGGAGACAGGGACAGAAGGGGGAGUGAGAAGGAUAGUCAGCAUCUCUGGGGAAUUACAUACACACACAGUGAGAAGAUGACUCUGGCAGCCUACAAGGAGAAGGUCAAAGAGCUCCCCCUGGUGUCUCUGUUCUGCGCCUGCCUGAAUCCACAGACCUUGGAUAAACCCACAUAUAAGGCAGAAGAUGCAGUGGACCUGGGCUGGUGCGCCAUCAAAGAUGUGGAGGUGAUUGAAUUGAAUAAGCGAGCAUCGGGCCAGGCCUUCGAGGUCAUUCUCAAGCCCCCGUCCUUUGACGGUGUGCCAGAUCUGAACACCUCCAUGCCGCAGCGUCGUGACCCGUCCCUGGAGGAGAUCCAGAAGAAACUCGAGGCUGCAGAGGAGAGGCGAAAGUGCCAGGAGGCCGAGCUGCUGAAGCACCUGGCGGAGAAGAGGGAGCACGAGCGCGAGGUGAUCCAGAAGGCCUUUGAGGAGAACAACAACUUCAUCAAGAACGCAAAGGAGAAGCUGCAGCAGAAGAUGGAGGCCAACAAGGAGAACAGGGAGGCGCUGCUGGCCGCCAUGCUGGAGAGGCUGCAGGAGAAGGACAAGCACGCGGAAGAAGUGAGGAAGAACAAGGAGAUGAAGGAGGAAGCCUGCCGGUAGAUGAGUGGAGCGAGGGAGUCGAGAGAGAGAGAAAGAGAGAGAGGGUGGAAACUUGGAGCUUUUUGAGUUGAUUUAAAAAAAGGAAAUUAAAAAACAGUGCAGGAAAAAAACCAAGAACUCCAAAAGAACUCGAACAAAGGGAAGAGGCAAGUUUUCAUAUUUGAUGUAUGCUGUAACGAUUCUAAACAAGCUGUACAAAGUUAGCACUUGAUGUUGAAAUUCACAAAGAAAUCUGGCGCUUCUUUUCUAAUGGGGGGGGGGCAUCGAAACAAACAUUUCACAUAUUCAAAAAGGGACUGUUGAGGGUGCUUGGUUUGGAAUGAAAGCUGCAUGAAAGCAGGAGGAGGUAAAAAAAAAAAAUGAUGAUCUAAUACAGAUCUGUCAUUUCUGGAGUUCCCUUAGUCAGAAAGUAGGUUAUUAGGAUUCCCUGCAUUGUUUACUGAGCUGUGUUUCAGUUGUUUUAUAUCAAAGAUAAUCACUUGACGUGACCAGUUUGGCUGCAACACUGCAAAUGAGGCAAAUCCUUUUACAAUAAGACUGUAAUGAGAAAAAAACGAGUUGUAAUCUUAAUUGUUACCUUAAGGGUAAAACAAUGAUAGCUGUGUCUGAAAUCACCCACUCAUUCACGAACCCCUCUUUCUAUCCAGGAACUCUCUAAGGGGCGAUGAAAAAAAAACUAGUCAGGUCUUUUCCUCUGCGACGGUGAUUACGCAUUGUCGCAGGAUUAUGUCAUACAACAACAACAACAACAACAACGUUGGCCGAUGCAAAUAAUAAAGUUUGUUUAAAUCUUAGCAUUGGUAAUAUAAGGUAAAAAGUGUGUCUAAUGACCAUGGUUAAAUGUAGAAAUAAACAUACAGACGAUUUUAAAAUCUGUAUUCAAAUACAACCCUGUCUGUCUUUAUCCUCAUGAUGAUUCAGCUGUUUUUUGGAGGAGUGGUAUCACCAGAAAUAGAGGGCUGAGUUGUUCUGCCUUUUCUCCUCUGGUCUCUUCACCAAUUUUCUUCCUGUGAGCAAAAUACAUGACGGUAUACAUUGCUCGUUUAUUGAUCGAUUCCACAAUACUUUUAUUGAUGCACUGAGGGAUACAGUGAGUGCAUUAUAAAGGGCGUAAAAUAGUUCAGUAAACAUUCUAAAAUGGAAAACUCACUGUAAAGUGGACUUUAGUGGGUGAUUACAGAUGUAGUUUAGGAGCCCUGUGCUCAAAACCAGCCCAAGUCAAAAUCACGAGGCUCCUUCACUCUUUGAUUUUUAGAGUACUUACCUGCAGUGCAGAGAAACAGGACAUAAAACACAAGCUUCUGCUGAUCCUGAUUUAAAAAUAAAAACGGAUUUCCCUUGUUUCCUCCGCUCUCGUGCUAAUUCUUUGCUGCACCAUUUUUUUGGAGCUUGUUCUGCCUCUCUGGGGACGUCUGCGUGGAAUCUCACAAAAUGGCUCAUGAAUAUGAAAUGAAGAAUCUGGCUUCUGUUUCUCUCUGCAGUGCUCCAGGGGAGUGAAAGAAAAAAAAAAAAAAAAGCUUGAAAAAAAAGCUUGAAAAGUGAAAAGAAUGAGGACGCUUUAGUGUGAUUGUAGAUCAGGACCAUGCAUUUGAGUCUCUUAGAUUUAGAGCACUGAUUGCACUCUUAUUUCAUUAAGCACAACUCAAAAGCACACAUGCAUACAAGAAGAAGACAACAGCAGCAGCAUCACAGGGAGGCAAAGUGACAGUAGGGACGGAUUUGGAAAAAUUUGCUUUUAAAGUACAAAUUUUGGGGUUUUCCGGCUAAACAGUAAUGUCUGUUUGCUUUGGCAUGUGUCACUGUGCUCUGAAUGUUAGUUUAUGAUUUUCAUGGGGAUUUGAAAACCUAAAAGAGUAAAACAGAAAGAUGAAAUUUGCUCGACUUGUUGAGUCAUACUGACUUGAUUGAAAUGUCCCAAGUGUUUGCACUGGGAGUCGUGACAUUGGGUUUGUACUUGCUGUAACUUUGUGUCGCUGUAUAUCUUCGAGGCUGGAUUGUUUGUAUCUAUUUGGCAUGGUCAGUAAAAACAGCUUGACUGAACUCAGGA